AUGCUCCGCUAUGUUUACAGCCAGCUGACGCUUGCCCAGACACGCGUGCUGAUCGUGUUUGUUUGUUUCGUUUGUUUACAUCGCUAAAAGGGUUCAAAAUAGCAGCUACGACUGGAAAAGUAGUGCAGAAUGUCUCAGAUGAGGAUCACCGACACGUUCCAGAAGGUAAAGAGGCCAGGGAGGACUCAGAAGCAGGGAAAACCGGCACAGAUUGCCGCUAAAUCUUCACAAGCCCCCGCCCAGAGCACGAGUGAUGCAGCAGUCCUACAGAGACAGACAGAUAUCCAACUCCUCAAACAGUUCGACCUGAACCCAGACUAUGGGCCCAGCAUAGGUAUCACAAGACUGGAGCGAUGGGAGCGUGCGGAGAAGUUUGGGCUGACUCCGCCCGAGGAUGUGCGAGACUUGAUUGUACAGCAUACAGAGGAUGAGGAAUACACACACUGCCUGUGGAAUGACUACAAGCAGAUGUUGUGAGCUGUUUUGCAGCAACUUGGGGCAUGCUGUAAUAUUACAUUUAGGUGUUGAAAUACACUCUUGGUUGAAAUAUGAAGAGAAUCCUCAUCGAACAUUUGGACAGAAUCUUAUUAGAUUUCAUGGCAUUAACUUGAUUAAGAGCUCAUUCAGAGAUACAUUAACGUUAUUGGUGUCAUUGUCAAUGUUUGCAAGGGUAAUUUUGUUU